AUGGGAUCUAGAAGAUACGAUUCAAGAACUACAAUUUUUUCACCGGAAGGUAGAUUAUACCAAGUGGAAUAUGCAUUAGAAUCCAUUUCACAUGCAGGUACAGGAAUUGGUAUUAUGGUUCCUGAUGGUAUUGUUCUUGCUGCUGAACGUAAAGUUACCAGUACAUUAUUAGAACAAGAUACAUCCAUUGAAAAAUUAUAUAAAUUAAAUGAUAAGAUUACAGUUGCUGUAGCAGGGUUAACAGCAGAUGCCGAAAUUUUAAUAAAUACUGCUAGAAUUCAUGCACAAAAUUACUUAAAAACUUAUAAUGAAGAUAUACCAGUGGAAAUUCUUGUAAGAAGAUUGAGUGAUAUAAAACAAGGAUAUACACAACAUGGUGGAUUAAGACCAUUUGGUGUUUCAUUUAUUUAUGCUGGGUAUGAUGAUAGAUAUGGAUACCAAUUAUAUACUUCGAAUCCAUCAGGGAAUUAUACUGGUUGGAAAGCCAUUAGCGUUGGUGCCAAUACAUCUGCAGCUCAAACGCUAUUACAGAUGGAUUACAAGGACGAUAUGAGAUUGGAUGAAGCCAUUGAAUUAGCUUUGAAGACAUUAUCGAAGACUACAGAUAGUAGUUCAUUGACUUAUGAUAAACUAGAGUUUGCCACUAUCAAGAAAGGUAAGAAUGAUGGAGAAGUUUAUCAAAAGAUUUAUAAACCAGAUGAAAUUAAAGAACUAUUAAUAAAGACUGGUGUUACGAAGAAGAAGGACGAUGAAACUGAAGAGUAA